UUAAUCUUAUAAAAACACAUAUAAAUAGUCAAUAGAUUUGUGAUCUGAAAAUAUACAUCGAAACAAAUAAAGAAUGUCGAGCCAAAAUCGACAAGCGUUAUUAAGCUAUGACGCUGACGAUGAUCAACCACAGGGUCAGCUGCGCAGAGAAGAUUUUGGCUCGGAACAAUCAGAAAAUUCUAGUCUAAUAAAUCAGACUGGUGGUUCGAUGAAAACAAUGACGUAUGGAGCGUCAGGCAUAGCUACUGGAGCGGCGAGAGGUGCAAUGGGGCUAGCCCAAGGUGCCGCAAACCUAGCCCACGGUGCGGCUACUGCUGUUAGGAAUACCUGGGGACAUAACCCAGAGAGCCACAAUUUUCACACACCCCUUCCCAAUGGUCAGCCGCGAAACCAUAGAUACUAACUAAUGUGUGAAUUAAUGGUGAAAGUGAAAUUGUUAAGUUUGUUGUAAAAUCAUUGAUUUUAAGUCAUACUAAUGCAAUGACAUGAUUUUUUGUA